AUGCGGGUGGAUAAGACGAUCAGUGGCUAUGGAAGUGGAUUAGGGGCUGAAGCCCAACAAAUGCUGAAGAGAAAAGCUCUGCUUGGUGAUUCGUUGCAGUAUUUGUCAUUAUAUUGGUCCUCUAAAACACUAAUUGGUGAUUCUUUGUUGGCAAACCAACCCUCCAAGCUGUUUUCUUCAUUCAAAAGCAAUUGGUGUCAUGCCCAUUAUCACUCAAGUGUGGUUCCGAAAGGAGUUCCAGUGUACGACGGAAAAUACAUACAUACAGUGUGCUCGGAAAUCUAUUUGAGGUAUUUUCUAAAUACAUUCCUCCGAUUCAACCUGUUGGAUGCAAAAGACAAGAACAAGAAAUUAGUAGGAGCCAAAAUUGUCACUUUUCAGUCUAAGAAGUGGUGUAUUUUGAGGUCAGAUGUGCCUCAUGACAAACAAAAACUCAAUGAGACUAUGGACUACGCGUGUGAACAUGCCGAUUGUAGCGCAUUUGCCGACGGUGGAUUAUGUAGCGGCCUCGGUGAGUGCGAAAUGGUGUCUUAUGCUUUUAACUCGUUCUUUCAAAUGUCCAACCAAUCGAAAGAAAGUUGCGAUUUUGAUGGGUUAGCAACACAAGUCGAGCAAGACCCACCGAAAGAUCAAUGCAAGUUCAACAUCCAGAUCAAGCCCAAUGUACACGAACACACAGAUUCAGAUUCACCAGCGCUUCACCAUUUUCAUUUUCAUCAUCACAUUUAACGGGUGUUGUCUAUAGCUUUGAUUGGCUUGGCACUCUUGGUCAUGACUCAUGACUUCACUGUUUUUCUUUUAGUUAAUUAACUGUCCAAAAUUUGAAAGCUUUACUAGUUAUCCUCCUAACAAUGCGUCUGUUAGGAGGAUAAGUUACAAGAUUUUAUUAAAAAAUAACAAUUGUCGUAAUAAUCACUUUCCAUGUCUUGACAUAAACUUUGGGUUGUUAUAUGUCUAGUAAAUAGUGAGAAAAAGUUUUAGAAAAACUAGACGAGUUCUAUGUAUUUCUAUUUGUAUAGGUAUGAUUCAGUUAUGUUAGUUGAGUUCCAUGUCUCAAAGAAAUGGUUUUUUUAUUUA